CCGGGCGCUGCUCGGAGGCCGCCGGCACAAAGGCCGCCAUGGCCGGGUACGUGCCGGGGUUGCUCCCGGCCGACCGCAGUCAGGAGAAGGAGUUCGUGCAGGCCUACGAAGACGUGCUGGAGCGCUACAAAGAUGAACGGGACAGAGUCCAAAAGAAAACCUUCACUAAAUGGGUCAAUAAACACUUGAUGAAGGUGCGCAAGCACAUCAAUGACCUCUAUGAGGACCUGAGGGACGGCCACAACCUCGUCUCGCUGCUGGAGGUGCUGUCGGGCGUGAAGCUGCAAAUAGAGCCGCCAGCUCAGAGGAGCCUCCGCCUGGUGAAAGCGCCGGCCUGGUGCCGUGCCAGCAGCGAGGAGCGGGAGGAGGAGGAAGAUGAUGAUGAAGAACCCCGUGAGAAGGGCCGGAUGCGAUUCCACAGACUGCAGAAUGUGCAGAUAGCGCUGGAUUUCCUGAAGCAGAGGCAGGUGAAACUGGUGAACAUUCGCAACGAUGACAUUACAGAUGGAAAUCCCAAGCUCACCCUGGGGCUCAUAUGGACCAUCAUCCUCCACUUCCAGAUCUCUGACAUCUACAUCAGUGGGGAGUCAGGGGACAUGUCAGCCAAGGAGAAACUGCUGCUAUGGACACAGAAAGUGACAGCGGGUUACAUCGGGGUGAAGUGCACCAACUUCUCUUCGUGUUGGAGCGAUGGGAAGAUGUUCAAUGCGCUCAUCCACAGAUACAGGCCGGAUCUGGUGGACAUGGAGCGGGUGCAGAUCCAGAGUAACCGGGAGAACUUGGAGCAGGCCUUCGAGAUCGCGGAGCGGCUGGGGGUGACGCGGCUGCUGGAUGCUGAAGAUGUGGACGUUCCAUCUCCGGACGAGAAGUCGGUGAUAACUUACGUGUCUUCAAUCUACGAUGCCUUUCCCAAAGUCCCUGAGGGAGGAGAAGGGAUCAGUGCCAUCGAGGUGGACUCGAGGUGGCUGGAGUACCAGACCCGCCUGGAGUCCCUCAUCUCCUGGAUCAAGCAGCACACGAUACUCAUGUCGGAUAAAUCCUUCCCCCAGAACCCUGUAGAGCUGAAGGCACUUUAUAACCAAUACAUACACUUCAAAGAAACUGAAAUCCCAGCGAGAGAGCAGGAGAAGGGAAGGAUAGAGGAGCUCUACAAGCUGUUAGAGGUGUGGAUUGAGUUUGGACGCAUCAAAUUGCCGCAGGGGUAUCACCCCAACGACGUGGAGGAGGAGUGGGGCAAGCUGAUCAUCGAGAUGCUGGAGCGUGAGAAGCUCCUGCGGCCGGCGGUGGAAAGGCUGGAACUGCUGCUACAAAUCGCCAACAAAAUCCAGAAUGGCGCUCUGAGCUGUGAAGAAAAACUCACACUUGCAAAGAACACACUGCAAGCUGAUGCUGCCCACCUGGAGGCCGGCCAGCCGGUGCAGUACGAGGCCGACGUCGUGGUGUACCUGCAGGAGUGCGAGGGGCUGCUCCGCCAGCUGCAGGUGGACGUGCAGAUCCUGCGGGACGAGAAUUACUACCAGCUGGAGGAGCUGGCGUUCAGGAUCAUGCGGCUGCAGGACGAGCUGGUGACGCUGAGGCUCGAGUGCACCAACCUGUACAGAAAGGGCCACUUCUCCACGCUGGAGCUGGCGCCCGCACCCACCCUGAGCACCACGCAGCUGAAAGGCGAAUCCCUGACCAAAGGGCUGCACACCUCAUCUGCCUCCUGGUUCAGGAAGCCCAUGACCAGGACGGAGCUGGUGGCCAUCUCCUCCUCUGAGGACGAAGGCAGCCUGCGCUUCGUGUAUGAGCUGCUGGCCUGGGUGGAGGAGAUGCAGAUGAGGUUGGAGCGGGCAGAGUGGGGCAGCGACCUGCCCAGUGUGGAAACCCAGCUGGAGACACAGCGGCACAUCCACAGCAGCGUGGAGGAGCUGGGCUCCAACGUCAAGGAGGCACGGCUGUACGAGGGUAAGAUGUCUCAGAAUUUCCGCGCUAGCUACACAGAGACGCUCGGCAAGCUGGAGACACAGUACUGCAAGCUGAUGGAAACCUCGAGCUUCCGACUGAGGCACCUGCAGAGCUUGCACGGCUUUGUGUCUCGGGCCACCGCCGAGCUGAUAUGGCUGAAUGAGAAGGAGGAGGAGGAACUGGCCUAUGACUGGAGUGACAACAACCCGAACAUCGCAGCUAAGAGAAACUACUUCUCGGAGCUGACGAUGGAGCUGGAGGAGAAGCAGGACAUCUUCCGCUCCCUCCAAGACACCGCUGAGCUGCUGGCCCUGGAGAACCACCCCGCCAAGCAAACCGUGGAGGCCUACAGCGCUGCUGUGCAGAGCCAGUGGCAGUGGAUCAAGCAGCUCUGCCUGUGCGUGGAGCAGCACGUGAAGGAGAAUGCCGCCUAUUUCCAGUUCUUCAGCGAUGCCCGUGAGUCGGAGACGUACCUGCGCAACCUGCAGGACUCCAUCAGAAGGAAGUAUUCCUGUGACCACAGCACGAGCCUGACGCGGCUGGAGGACCUGCUGCAGGACUCCAUGGAUGAGAAGGAGCAGCUCAUCCAGUCGAAGAGCUCCGUCGCCAGCCUGGUGGGACGGUCCAAGAGCAUCGUUCAGCUCCGGCCCAGGAACCCGGAGCACCUGGUGAAGAGCACCAUCCCCAUCAAGGCUGUGUGUGACUAUCGGCAGAUCGAGAUCACCAUCUGCCGGAACGACGAGUGCGUGCUGGAGGACAACUCGCAGAGAACGAAGUGGAAGGUGAUCAGCCCCACAGGAAACGAGGCCAUGGUGCCCUCCGUGUGCUUCCUGAUCCCCCCUCCCAACAAAGAGGCCAUCGAGAUGGCCAACAGGGUGGAACAGCUGUACCAGAAAGUGAUGGCUCUCUGGCACCAGCUCCACAUGAACACAAAGAGCCUCAUCUCCUGGAACUACCUUCGGAAGGACAUUGCCUUGGUGCAGAGCUUCAGCAUGGAAAAGCUCCGCUCCCUGGCGCAGGGGGAGUGCCAGCAGGCGCUGAGGAGCCUCCAGGCGCACUAUGAGGACUUCCUGCAGGACAGCCGUGACUCCGAGCUCUUCUCAGUGUCAGACCGUCUGCGCCUGGAGGAGGAGGUGGAGUCUUCCAAGGAGCACAUCCAGCAGCUGCUGGAGUCCAUGGAGAACGAAGACAAGGACGAGACAGUUGCCAGGACGUAUCUCUCUGAGCUCCAGAACGUCCGCCUGCGCCUGGAGGAGUGUGAGCAGAGACUCGUGAGCCGCAUCCAGUCCCCCAGCAGCACCCGAGCGGAUGGUGACAGCAUCCAGGAGAACACCGUCCGCAUCGCCGAGCAGGAGCGCACACAGGACGAUCUGCAGCGGCUGAAGUCUGACCUGCGCUGUGUUUCGGAGCGCUGCUGCAGCUUCCUCAGCAGAGCACCCAGCGGCCCCAGCACACCGCGCCUGCGAGCUGAGCUCGACUUGGUGGUGAACAAGAUGGACCAGACAUAUGGGCUGUCCUCUGUCUACCUGGACAAGCUGAAGACGGUUGAUGUUAUCAUUCGUAACACCCAAGGAGCAGAGUCUCUGGUGAAGGGAUACGAGGUGAAGCUGAGCCAGGAGGAGGCUGUCCCGACUGACCUGACAGCAAUUCAGGCGCACAGAAGUGCCCUGCAGCAAUGGCUCGGGGAAGUGAAGGGCAAGAACUCGGUGUUCUCCGUGUUAGAGGAGGAGAUGGCGAAGGCGAAAGCAGUGGGGGAGCAGCUGUACCAGCUGAGACAGGAGCGCAGCAUUGACCUCGAGCGCUACCAGGAGAAGGGCAGCCAGCUGUGGGACCGCUGGCAGAGAGCCUGCGCCCAGAUCGAGACCCGCCACACAGAGCUGGAGAGCAUCCAGGAGGUGCUGAGCGAUUACCGCCAGUGCCACAGGGCCCUCAUCCAGUGGAUCGAAGAGAUCACUGCCCAGCAGGAGCUGAUGAAACCCGGGCAGGCGGAGGAUAGCCGGGUGCUGUCAGAGCAGCUGAGCCAGCAAACGGCUUUGGCUGCAGAAAUCGAGAAAAAUCAAGCCAAGCUGGACCAGUGUCAGAAGUUCUCCCAGCAGUACUCAGCUGCUGUCAAGGACUAUGAGCUGCAGCUCAUGACGUACCGGGCGUUUGUGGAGUCGCAGCAGAAAUCCCCCAUGAAGCGCCGGCGCAUGCUGUCCUCCUCGGAUGCCAUCACUCAGGAGUUCAUGGAUUUGCGCACUCGGUACACAGCUCUGGUAACGCUGACCACGCAGCACGUCAAGUACAUCAGCGAUGCUCUGCGGCGGCUGGAGGAGGAGGAGAAAGUGGUGGAGGAGGAGAAGCAAGAGCAUGUGGACAAGGUUAAGGAGCUCCUGGGCUGGGCUGUGGGCCUGAAGCAGAGCGUGCAAGGCAGAACAGCUGCUGCCCAGAGCAGGGAGCUGGGAGACAUCGAGAAGUCCAUCUCAGAGCAGCAGGCCCUCAAUGAGGAGCUGGCUGCAAAGAAAGAGCAGGUCUCUGAAGCCAUCAAAACAUCACAAAUCUUCCUGGCAAAGCACAACCACAAGCUUUCCCAUCAAGAGAAGGACCAGAUUUCAGCUCAGGUCGCUGCACUGAAGGACACGUACCAGGCACUCUGCACUGACACCACAGAGCAGCUCCAGCAGCUGCAGAGCCAGCUGGCUCAGGAGACAGAGCACAAGGUCAACGAAGCAGUGGCAGGAGUGAUCGAUCUUGGGACAGUAGAGAUAUUCCCUGUCUUUGGUGCAAUGCAGAGAGGUCUUAUAGAUCAGGAGACCGGCCUCGUCCUCUUAGAGGCUCAGGUGAUCACAUCCAACUUGGUUCUUCCAGAGACCGGUGAAAAACUCUCCUUGGAGGAAGGUCUGGCAAGAGACAUCAUCAACCUCAGGACUUUCCACGUGCUGCGGGAGCUGAAGGAUGCUCUGCAGCGGGUGCAUGAGGUCAGACGUGAAGGGAGGCAGCUCCUGCCUGCUGCUGCUGCGAUAGAAGAGGGGAGGAUUAGUGAGAGCACUGGGCUAAAGAUUCUCGAGGUUGAACUUGUCACCGGCGGCUUUAAAACCCAUCAGGGCAGAAUCAGCAUGCAGAAGGCUGUGCAAGAGAGGCUCCUUCCUCCCCAGCUUUACUCCAGGCUGCUGUCCCACCUGGAGAGCAGUAAGGAUUUGAUUGACCCCAACACUGCUGAGAAAAUCAACCUAUCUGAGCUCAUGCAGCGAUGCAUCCUCCACCAAGACACAGGACUCAGGUUUCUGCCGGUCAAGCAGCUGGCAGGUGGGAUGGUGAGCCUGAAAUCAGGCAGAAAAGUCAGCAUCUUCCGUGCUGUCCAGGAAGGGCUGAUAGACAGACAGGUGACGGUGAGGCUGCUGGAAGCCCAGCUCUUUGCUGGUGGCAUUGUUGACCCCAGGACAGGGCACAGGCUGGCUGUGGACGAGGCUGUGAGACAUAAUUUAAUUGACCAGGAUUUGGCCUGCACACUUCUAAUCCGGCAGCUUCAGACAGGUGGCAUCAUUGAUACAGUCACAGGAGAGAGACUGACAGUUGAUGAAGCUGUAAGGAAAGAGUUGGUAGCACCACGGCUUGCUUUGGUGAUCCUGGAAUCCCUCCGGUCCUUCAUGGGGCUCCUGUGGCCCGAGACAGGGGAGGUUGUCCCAGCUGCAGAUGCUUCAGAGCAAGGGGUCCUGUCUACAGAGCUGGCUUACAAGAUUCUCAGGAAGAGGCAGCUCAUUAAGGCUGUCUUUAUCCCAGAAACCACUGAGGUGUUGUCCUGGAAGAAAGCAGUGGAACAUGGCAUCUUAGAAAGAGAUGUGGCAAAGAAGCUGAAAUCCAUGGUGAUACCUGAUGUGAUGGGCAGCAUGCAGCUGGCAAGCAGGAGCUCCUCUGGAGGGAGCCCUGCAGGGCACCAGGGACAGAGGGACCCUGAGCUGAGGAGUGGUGAUGAAAAGCUGAUGUUCCACUUGAUGACCCACAGCUACAUCAACAUCCACGAUGGGCAGAAGCUGCUCUUAGUAGAUGGAGAGUUGAGCAACCUCACCAAAGACCUCAUCCAGACCCAAGAAAAUGGAUCCUGUGCACAGCCACUGGAAGAGAAUGAGAGCUUUGAAGAGACAAAGGAAACUGCAGUUCUUGAAAGAGAGCCUUGCAACGGUGUGGCUGUGCAGCAGCUUGAGCUGCAGCUUGCUCCUCCGCAGGAAGGAAGCAAGAAGAUCCUGCCACCCAGAUCCACUUCGGAGAACGGGGAGGUGGUGAUGGGGCCUGGAAGGCUCCUGUUGGACCACGCAGGAGAUGUCCUGCAUGUGGAGGAGCAAGCGCAGGUUUGUACUGAACGGGCUACCAGCCAAAGUGAAACUGAUGCCAAAUCUGGGAGAGAGCAAAUAGCUUCUACAAGCAAGGAGAAGCCAGGACAGCCCUGCAAAUCUGGCAGUGGACUCAGAGAAACAGAGAAAAUGAUCAUUAAAGCAGAAGAGUCCAAACCCAUUGCAUCAGAUGGAGUGGAAAACAUCAAAGAUCAGACAAGAGCAUUGGAAACGGGGGCAGGUGUUGUGAAAAGCGAGAGCCAUUUGGUGGUGUCUAUUGGCGCAAGCAGAGAGAGACUGGAAGUCGUGGCAGGGAGAUCUCAGAGUGUGAAGGAGCCUGCAUUAGAGGGAGAAAGCGUUGGGGAGAGUUACUUAUUGAAUGAGGAGACAGCUCAGAAUGGCACUCUGGGAGGAGCGGAGGCUGUGCUCACCAAAACUGCAGAGGCUGAGCAAAUGGAGCGCACUGAAAAUACUGUGAGCGUAUUGCACGUGGAAGAGGGACCGAGGGAAAAGGUGCUGGGUGGUGAGAGCGUUGGUGAUGCAGCCCUGCCGCAGCCCUCGGAGCGGGACGAGGACGUUCUGGAAAUGCUGCAGAUGCAGCUCCAGAGCGGCGGCAUUUUGUGUGAGCAGAUGGGCAGAACGCUGCUUCUGAAUGAAGCUGUGGCCUGCGGUGCGGUGCCCGGCCACACGGCUGUGAAACUGAUGGAGAAAAUGAAGAUGUUCAGUGGCUUCUUUGACUCACACACACGUGAAUCUUUAACCACUGAGGAUGUCAUUGAAGAAGGUCUGAUGGAUGAGCAGCUUCUGCAGAAGGUACUCGCGUCUGACAAAGCCAUCAGCGGUGUUCUGGACCCGGGCAACAACUUUGUCUACUCCGUCAAGGACGCUGCUGCCAUCGGCCUUCUGGACAAGGAGACGGCGAUGAGGCUCUUGGAAGGGCAGGUGGUUACCGGGGGCAUCGUCGACCUGAAACGUGGCAAAAAAGUGUCAGUCACUUUGGCUUCAAACCUCGGCCUCAUCGAGCCGGCGAGUCAGAAGGAGCUGGUCAAGCUGGAGAAGGCUUCCAGAGGGAAGAGCACUGAUGAGGCCACCAGGCAGAAGCUCCUUAGCUUACAGGCUGAAACCAGCGGGAUUGUGGAUCCCCAAACCAAGCAGCCUUUGACUGUUGCGCAGUCUGUUGAAAGAGGGCUCCUUGAGAGAGAAAAAGCGUUUCAGCUGCUGACCAGCCAGAUCGCAGGUGGGGGGAUCCUUCACCACGCGUCUGGGAUGAGGCUCUCGGUUGGCGACGCAAUGAAACAUGGUUUGAUCGAUGGAGAUCUAUGUGAUGAACUCACGAAGGCUGAAGGCGUUUGCCUGCAGGAAUGCAUCCACCCAGCAACAAAGGAAAAGCUGCCCUUGCCCCGGGCGGUGGCAGCAGGGAUUGUUAGCCCGGAAUUCCAGAGGAAAGUGCAAGAAAUCCAGGCUGGGACUGGAAGCGUUAUCGAUCCCAGUUCUGGGCAGAGAAUGGCACUCAGCUGGGCAGGGCGGGAUGGGCUGCUGCCCCAGGAGGUGGUGGAGAAAGCCCUGUCCUCCCCGGAGCUGAAGCACGGCAUCGUCGACCCCGAGAGCUGCAUGGUUGUGCCCUACGCCGAGAUGGUAAAGAAGUGCAAGAUUGACGUUGAGUCCGGGCAGAGGUACCUGGAGGUGCAUCCCUUCAGAGCCAUGCGGGACGAGGCGUCGGGCUGGGCGCUGACGUGCGCCGAGGCGCUGCGGCUGGGGAGGGCCGACCCCCUGCCCACACUGCGGCUGCUGCAGGGCCAGGCUGACAGCGGGGGCUUCGUGGAGGGGGCUGUCAGCAGCAGGCUGUCCCUGCAGGCCGCUCUGCAGCAGGGGCUGCUGGACGAGCAGAUGGCCGUGGUCAUCGGCAGCAGGCAGCUGAGGGCCGGGGGAAUUGUGGACGCCGGCAGCGGGAGAAGACUGGCGUUAGAGGAGGCUGUUGAAAAGGGGCUGAUUGGCCAAAGGUUAGCUGCUGCUAUUGAAGAGGCACAAAUGUCGAUGGAGAACGAUGGCGCUGAGGCCCUCAUGGUAGAUAAAACCCACCUUUCCCAGGAAAAGAUGGAGACGGCGUCUCCAAAGGAGGAAGGUGAGGUCCUGCGUGGCGGUGCUGCCGUGUCCGCCGGCACAGAGCACAGAGCCAGGCCCAAAGCUGCGAGUUCCCCAGCAAAAGGAGGGAAACCAAAGCUGAUCCCUCUGGAGGCUUCAGAGGAGAGUGUGAGAGAGCAGCGAGAAAUGGGCGAAAUGAUUCCAGGAUCCUCAGCACUGAGUGCAGCAUCUCUCUCUGUUGAGGUGGUGAAGGAGGCGGCAGAGACGGGGACUGCAGAAAGCAGCUCCCAUGUGUGGAAGGGAGCGGGAGGGGAAGCAGCAGAGCUGGGGACAAGGAAAGUAUUGGGAUUGGAGGAAGAGCUUCGUUGCACAGAGGAUGGCGAGGAGAGGAGGAAGGGGUUUGUAAGCACGGACGGAGCUCUGGCAGGAGGUGCAGCGGCAGCUUCUGAGCAAAGGGAGAGGGUGGGCAGCUGGGAGCAGGGAGCGCAGGUGACUCCCAGGGAGUCUGUGGGUCUGGGAAAGGAGGAGUUGGGUCCUGCAGCGCCCAGAGGAUCCCGCAAAGCCGAUGUCCCUGUGAAGCCUGCAAGAGACAAACCGGCAGAUGGAAGAGCUGCGGGAGAAACCCCCACACUGGAGACAGAAGGUCCGGGUGGUCAGGAAGGAACAGGGGAAAUUGAGCUAAAACCUGCCCAGAAACAAAAAAGCAGGAAAAGGAGAACAAAGCAGAUUGCUGUCUCAGGAGACAGUGCUCAGCUGGAGAAACCUGUAGAAAAGCAGUCCCUUCCCAUUCCAGUAUCCAAAGAAAUUCCAGGGAAGGAGGAAGAGGAGGAAUUUGUCUCAAGAGCUCCAGAGCCAAAGCCUGAGGCUGCCAGCAAGGAGCUUCCUGCUGGGUGGGCAGAAGAUGCAGCCGAGCAAAAGCAGAUGGAGAGCAGCAGGGAUGGGAAAGCAAAGCCAACCCUUGGGAAAGAUGCAGCAAAGCUGACGGGGGUCCAGGUGCUCCCCACCCCCCCAGAAGCAGGGGAAGCAGCAGCGGUGCUGAGAGCUGCAGUCAGAGUGGGGCCCCAUUCCUCUGCGGCGUUGAAGAUGGAGGGGAUGCUGAGCCAGGAGGAGGCUGAAGUGAAAAUCACCAGUGAUGCAUUUGUUGCAGUCAGCGAAAAACCAGAUGAGUUGAUCAUCAGAGAGGAACCCUCAGAAGUUUGGGACACCUGCAUCCCCCCGCCAGAGCAGCAAGCAGCAGCCAUCAGCACAGACCGAGCUGCUGUGCCCACCGCCCCUGUGUCCCAGGGGGAUGAGCCCCAGGGAGAAGCAGCCCAGGAGAAGCCCCGGCAGGCGGGUCCUGGCGAUCGGGGGCUGCUCCUGCCAGUCAUCGUGGAGGGAGAGCUGCUGGAGACCUCGAGCGACUCUGCCAGACCUGCCCAGAUCAAGUUCAGCAAGAAGAUGUGCCUGGAGCACGACGAGAAGCUCAUCUCCUAUCUCUCUAUGCUGCGAGACAUUGAGAUGAGAAUUAAACGGGUGCAGCCGGCGGGGCAGAACGUGGAUGUGCUGCAGACACUGCUGCAGCAGGCAGAGGCCCUGGAUGCUGAGCUGCGGGAGCUCAGCUUUCCAGUGAAUCAGGAGUUGGACGCCGUGAAGCGGAUCGUGGCCAACCCGCCUGAAGAAGUCCCCGAGCAACUACUGAGAGCUUUGGAGAAGGAUGCCAAGAACCUCCAGAAGUCUCUGAGCUCCGCAAGUGAUAUCCUGGAGUCCCGGCUGCAAAACCUUCGUGGUGCAGCAGAAACCCAAAAGGCUGAAAUCACAGCACACCAUGAGACCCUCCAGGGGAAGCUGCAGGAGCUGCUGUGCUGGGUGUCCGGCACGGCGCAGGCGCUGGACGGCAGCGAUUACCAGCACACGUUGGAUGUGAGCAGUCUGAGUCGCUGCCUCCAACGCUAUCAGGAGCUGAGUGAGCCCCUUGCUGACACCAAGUCCCAGCUCGACGCCACCGCUUUCGACAUUCAGUUCCUUAUCUCGGAGCACGCCCAGGACCUGCGCCCCCAGCAGAGCAGGCAGCUGCUGCGGCUGCUCAAUGAGCUGCAGAAGGCUUUCCGGGAGCUGGCGGGGCGCGUGGCGGCGCAGGUGGAGGUGCUGCAGGUCUGCCUGCAGCAGGCGGAGCGGACGGAUCAGGUGAAGACACUGCAGGAGCAGCAGGCAGCCUGUGCACAGAACCUGGCCGAGCUCAGCUCCUGGCUGGCAGCGGCCGAGGACACGCUGGUGGAGCAGCAGCGAGCAGCCAGGCAAGGAGAUCUGCCUGCCUUGCAGCAGAGGCAAAGCGACGUGAAGGAGCUGCAGAGGAGCAUGCACAGCCGAGCCGCCUCCUUUGCCAGCAUCAUAAAAAGCACAGAGGAGUUCUUGGAGGAGAACAAGGCAAAGAUGGAGCCCGGAGAGCUGGCAGUACUGCAGGAAAAGCUUCAGCGUGCCAAGGAGCAGUACCAGUCCCUGCAGGAGAGGACAGAGAUGGCUCAGAAGGAGCUGGAAAGUGCUGUGACUGCUGCAGUGCAGCAGGAGACAGAAAAGGUGAAAGCUGCCAAAGAGCUGCAGGAGAAUAGCAAUAAGAUUGAUGCGCUCCUGAGCUGGGUGGCAUCGCUGGAGCAGAAGGGAGAGCUCCCACAGUACAGACCACAUCCUGCCGAGCGAGCUGGGAAGGGCGCAGAUGACAUCCCUGAUGGGCACGUGGUGGGAGCAGCCAGCACUGCUGAGAGCCUGGAUGAGCAGUACGAGGGGCUGAAGGCCCAGCACCAGGAGCUGCUGUCCCAGCAGCAGGACGUCAUCCUGGCGACGCAGGCAGCGCAGGCAUUCCUGGACAAGCAUGGCCACAGCCUGCCUGGGGAGGAGAGGGCCCGGCUGCAGGGCGGGCUGGCGGAGCUGAAGGAGCGCUAUGCGGCGUCCCUGGCGCGUUCCGAGGCGCAGCUGAAACAAGUGCAGGUGCUGCGGGACGAGCUGCAGAAGUUCUUGCGGGACCACGGGGAGUUCGAGGCGUGGCUGAAGCAAGCAGAGCAGGACCUGGAGGGGAUGUGCAAAGGGGACGGCGACCCCGCGUCCCUCCGGCAGCUGCUGCUCCGGCAGGGCAGCUUCUCUGAAGACGUCAUCUCCCACAAAGGCGACCUGCGCUUUGUCACCAUGUCGGGUCAGAAGGUGCUGGAUGCCGAGGGAGCUGCUGGGGAUGCGGGGUCAUCUGGGAGCGUGGUGAAGAGCAAGCUGGAGGAUGCCAGCCAGCGGUACGCCACGCUGCACUCCAAGUGCACCAAGCUCGGCUCCCACCUGAGCACCCUGCUGGACCACUACCAGCAGUUCCAGGAGGUGGCAGAGUCUCUCCAGAUGUGGCUAGAGGACAGCGAAGCUGCGGUUGGGAAGCUGCUAUCAGAGAGCAUUUCUUCAGAUCCCACAGCUCUCCAGGAGCAGCUGGCCAGCACUGGGCAGCUGCAGGGAAACCUCGCUGAGCAUCAGGUGCCAGUGGAGAAGCUCCAGAAAGCAGCUCGGUCUCUGCUGGAGGUGCAAGGAGAGCCGGCCCCUGACCAUGGGCACAUUCAGGAAACAACAGAUGCCAUCGUGAGCCGCUUCCAGAUCCUCUCCCAGCAAAUGGCCGAGCGCUCAGACCUGCUGCAGAAAUCCAUCGCGCAGUCCCAGAGCGUCCAGGAGAGCCUGGAGAGCCUCCUGCACUCAGUAGCUGAUAUUGAGAGGAGUCUGAGCACAGAGCAGCCGGGCGCGCUCUCCUCCGCCUCCAUCCAGGACUCCUUGGCCACCAGUGCGAAGCUGAAGCAGGACAUCGCCCGGCAGAGGAGCUGCCUGGAAGCCACCCGUGAGAUGGUGACGCGCUUUGCAGAGACAGCGGAUGGCAGCACGGCUGCUGCCCUGCAGGGCAAACUGGCAGAGGUGGCAGAGCACUUUGGAAGGCUGUGCCAGCAGCAGCAGGAGAAAGAGGAGGUGCUGAAGGCUCUCCUGCCCAAGGUGGAGCAGUACGAGCAGCUCUCAGAGAAGCUGCAGCAGUUCGUGGAGAGCAGAGCGCGAAUGCUGGCAUCCGGGAACCAGCCAGAGCAAGACAUCGCUCACUUCUCCCAGCACCUCCAGGAGCUGAAUAUGGAGAUGGGGCAGCACCAGGAGGACCUGGCUGCCCUGGAGCAGCUGGCUGUGGAGCUGGGUGCCAGCAGCUUUGUGCCCGGCGCUGCUGCACAACAGGAAAAGCUGCAGAAUCUGAAGGAGGAGUUCCUGCAGCUGCAGAAGGCGGCAAAGGAGAGAGAAAGGGACGCCUCAUCCUGCCAGGAGCAGCUGGACGAGUUCCGAACGUUGGUGGCAGCCCUGCGGAAGUGGCUGAAGGACAGCGAGGGCAAAGUGCCACCUGUGGACACCUCGCUGGGCACCCAGGAGCUACAGCAGCGCAGGCAGUGGGUCCAGGAGCUGCUGGAGGAGUGGUCAGGGAAGGGCCCGCAGGUGGAGGAACUCAGCCACAGGGGGACCCUCCUGGAGAACCUGAUUGUGGAGAUCACGGCCCCAGACAGUCAGACCAAGGCGGGUUCUGUGCUGCCCGCAGUGGGAGGGCCUCUGGGCAGCGUGAAUGGAUUCCACACUUGCAAAGAUCUGACCGAGAUCCAAUGCGACGUGUCGGACAUCAGCCGGCAGUACAAGGGUCUCGGCACGGCGCUGCGGGAGCGCCUGCAGCAGCUCUCGGCCAUGCUGGAGAGGAUGCAGGCAGUGCAGGAGGAGGCGGGCGCUGUGCUGCAGUGGUUGGAGUCAAAGGAGCGGACGCUGUCGGAGCUGGAAGCCUCCUCUUCACCCACCAAGACGGAGACCAUGCGGGCUCAGGCCGAACACAACAAGGCAUUUCUGGCUGAAUUGGAACAGAAUUCUGGAAAGAUCCAGAAGGUAAAGGAAGCACUUUCUGGCUUGCUGGAGAAAUAUCCAGAUUCUCCAGAAGCAGCAAACUGGAAGAAGAUGCAGGAAGACCUGAACUGCAGGUGGGAACGCGCCAGCCAGGCGACGGCCGAGCGGCAGCAGAAGCUGGAGGAGUCAGCCAACCAGCUGGCCAGCUUCCAGGCAGCCGAGGCGCAGCUGCGGCCAUGGCUGAUGGAGAAGGAGCUGAUGAUGAGUGUGCUGGGACCCCUCUCCAUCGACCCCAACAUGCUGAAUGCACAGAAGCAGCAGGUCCAGUUUAUGCUGAAGGAAUUUGAAUCUCGCAGACAACAGCACGAGCAGCUCAACCAGGCAGCUCAGAGCAUCCUCACUGGCCCCGGGGAUGUUUCCCCAUCCACCAACCAAGUGCGGGAGGAGCUCCAAGGGGUCAACCAGAAAUGGUCCGAGCUGACAGAACGCCUCAACUCCCGCUCCAGCCAAAUUGACCAAGCCAUAGUGAAGAGCACCCAGUACCAGGAGCUCCUCCAGGGCCUCUCCGAGAAGGUGAAGGCGGUCGGGCAGCGCCUGAGCAGCCAAUCUGCCGUCAGCACGCAGCCCGACGCCGUGAAGCAGCAGCUGGAGGAGACCAGCGAGAUCCGCUCGGACCUUGAGCAGCUGGAGGAGGAGAUUGCAGAGGCUCAGAUGCUCUGUGACGACCUGUCUGUUCUGAUUGGGGAGCAGUACCUCAAAGAUGAGCUGCGGAAACGGCUUGAAACAGUGGCUCUUCCUCUCAAAGGACUGGAAGACCUGGCAGCCGACCGGAUGAACCGACUGCAGACCGCGCUUGCAAGUUCCCAGCAGUUCCAGCAUAUGUUUGAUGAACUCAGGGCCUGGCUCGAUGACAAACUGUGCCAGCAAGCUCGGAGCCAACCUAUUUCUGCUAGACUGGAGAGGCUCCAGAGCCAAAUUCAGGAGCAAGAGGAGUUCCAGAAGAGUCUCAACCAACACAGUGGCUCCUAUGAGAUGAUCGUGGCUGAGGGGGAAUCGUUGCUGCUUUCUGUCCAACCAGGGGAGGAGAAGACCGCUCUGCAAAACCAGCUGGUCAGCCUCAAAACGCACUGGGAAGAGCUGAGCAAGCAGGCUGCCGACAGGCACUCCAAGCUGAAGGACUGCCUGCAGAAAGCCCACAAGUACCAGAGGCACACAGAGGACCUCCUGCCUUGGGUGGAGGACUGCAAGGCCAAGAUGUCGGAGCUGGAGGUGACGCUGGACCCGGUGCAGCUGGAGGCCACGCUGCUGCGCUCCAGGGCUCUGCUGAGCGAUGUGGAGAAGCGGCGCUCGGUGCUGGAGAUGCUGAACAGCGCCGCCGACAUCCUGAUCGACGCCUCGCAGAGCGACGAGGACGACAUCCGCGACGAGAAGGCUGCGAUCAACCAGGAGAUGGACGCCAUCACGGAGGAGCUGCAAGCCAAGACAGGCUCCAUCGACGAGAUGGCGCAGAGGCUCAAGGAGUUCCAGGAGAGCUUCAGGAACAUCGAGAAGAAGCUGGAAGGGGCCAAGCACCAGCUGGAGAUCUUCGAGGCUCUGGGGCCGCAAGCCUGCAGCAACAAGAACCUGGAGAAGCUGAGGGCGCAGCAGGAGGCGCUGCAGGCGCUGGAGCCGCAGGUGGAUUACCUGAAGCACUUCACACGAGGGCUGGUGGAAGACGCUCCCGAUGGGUCAGACUGCUCCCAGCUCCUGGGCCAAGCGGAGGUGGCUCAGGAAGAGUUCAAAGCAAUGAGGCAGAAAGUGAAUGACUGCUGCGUGCUGAUGGAAAACAAGCUGGAAGGGAUCGGCCAGUUCACGGGGCGGGUGAGGGAGAUGUUCUCGCAGCUGGCAGACCUCGACGAUGAGCUGGACGGAAUGGGGCCCACCGGGAGGGACACCGACAGCCUGCAGUCCCAGGCAGAGGACGUUCGCACGUUCCUGGGCAAGCUGCAGGGGCUGAAGGCCGAUAUCGAGGCUUCUGAAAGUGAAUGCAAGCAGAUGCUCGAGGAUGAGGGGAGCCCCGAUUUACUGGGGCUGAAACGUGAACUGGAGACGCUGAGCAAGCAGUGCAGCAAGCUGACCGAGAGGGGCAGGAGCCGACAGGAGCAGGUGGAGACCACGCUGGCACGCGUCGAGGACUUCUACAGCAGAUUGAAGGAGCUGAGCCACAUGGCGGCGGCGGCGGAGGAGAGCGAGGCUCUGCAGGGGGUGGUGGGCACCGAGGUUGAGACCAUCAACCAGCAGCUGGCCGACUUCAAGCCCGCUUUCCCAUGUAAGCAGGGGCCGCAGCAGGAUGUAGCGCAGUCGUAAACAGGGUGACAUCACCCCGUGACGGGGCGGCACGUGGACCCUGCGCUCCGGAGAUGGCGACCA